GAGCAGCCUCUCACUGCUCCUUUACUCAGAACCUGCCCAGUUGAUAUGAAGAGUUAAUUGCUGCUACACGUUGAGCUGCGGGCGGAUGUGGGCACAGGCCGGUUCUGGUUGUGCAAAGCAGGUUUCUUAACAGCAGAAAAUCCGUUAGGACACAGCGAUCACGCAACCCCGGGCUGAUGAGUGUGGGAGGUGGGACGGAGGUCACAGCGUUCUCUCCCACUCAUAAUAAAAGGCAGAGGUGCCCCCAACCCUGGCACCAGUGUUCUACAGAGGAACCAUGAGUGGGUGGGUGCAGAGCUUUCUCCUCUUGGUGGCCGCCAUCCUUUCCUCUGCAGAGGAGACCUGCCCAGAUGUGAAGGUGAUUGGAGUGGGGGCUUCAGACAAGCUGACCAUUCUGCGAGGAUGUCCUGGGACCCCUGGAAUACCGGGACCCCAAGGGCCCACUGGACCUGCAGGAGCUAAAGGAGAGAAGGGAUUCCCAGGGAUUCCGGGGAAGAUGGGACCCACCGGGCUGAAAGGAGAAAAGGGGAUCACAGGGCAAACGGGGCAAAAAGGUGACAAGGGGGACCCCGGAAUCCCAGCUGCGGGGACGGCACAGAACUGUAAGGAAUGGCUCGACCAGGGAGCUUCAAUCAGCGGCUGGUACACUAUAUACAGACCCAAUGGGCUCCCCCUACCUGUCUUCUGUGAUAUGGAAACCGAUGGAGGGGGCUGGAUAGUGUUCCAGAGGCGCAAGGACGGCUUGGUUGAUUUUUUCCAAGAGUGGGACUCCUACAAGAGAGGGUUUGGCCGACAAGACAGUGAGUUCUGGUUGGGGAACGAGAAUCUCCACCUCCUCACAGCAACCGGAAAUUUCCAGCUCCGGGUGGAUCUGAUGGAUUUUGACAGCAAUCGCACAUCUGCCUCAUACAGCAACUUCCGUAUUGGGGGGGAGUCUCGGAACUACACCCUAAGUCUGGGGGGAUUCACUGGAGGAGAUGCAGGCGACUCCUUGUCCGGCCACAAAAACCGAGCAUUCAGCACUAAGGACAGAGACAAUGACUCCUCCCCCAGCAGCUGCGCAGAGAGGUACAAGGGGGCCUGGUGGUACACCUCCUGCCAUACGUCCAACCUGAACGGACUCUACCUGGGGGGCAAACACAGCAGCUCUGCCAAUGGGGUUAACUGGAGAACAGGCGGGGGGUACAAUUACUCCUACAAGAUGGCAGAGAUGAAGUUUCGGCCCCAGCCCUAAGGAGAUGGCUGGGGAACCUCAACCGCUAUAUAACCUACUUCCCCUUUAAAUAGGGGCGGAGCCUGAAACUCAACCUGAGCUGCUGCUGUGCCUCUUGGAAGUGGAUAUUUAUAGUCUUGGGGAUAUUAACUCUUCUCUCUGAGGAUUGGGGACCCUUCCUUCUUCCCCUACUGCUGAACUAAUAUGGGGGGGAAUGCAAUAGCAGCCACAAUAAAAUUGCCAUGUUCUUGUAACCCAUAGCAACCAAUCAGAUGUUUGCUUUCAAGUAGGUGACCAGUAAAAGCUCCCUGCUGAUUGGUUGGCUAGGGGGACUAACCCUGUAUUUAAUGCUGAGCUUUUUAUUAUAUGGAAUAUAUUAUUUGUUCAUUCUCAGUGUCAUUUAUAAACUUUCCUCUAUGGGUUCUCUCUGUUCCCAGAUUACAAAUAAAAUCUAUUUAUUAAACAAAAUACUUA